AUUUUUGGGAAAAGAAGAAUCGUGGGCUCUGGGCUGUGAUCUGUCGUCUUCGUCUCCGGCGGAGCAAAGCGGCGGCGAGGCGGGAGAUAGAGAGGAGGAGAGCUGACAGGUGAGAGCGGGAUGGGGUACCUGUGGAGGGUGCGUCUGUCGUCUUUCGCUGCCGGCGCAGCGACGGCUUCGGCGGCGGGGUUCUUCCUCAUCUACAAGGACCACCUGAUCGCCCGCGCCGCCAUCACCCGCCAGGUGGAGGACAUUAAAGAAACUUCUGAAAAGCAUUAUGCAUCCCUAAAUAAGAGGAUAUCGGCACUGGAAAGCAGAAAAGAAUCAGGAACUAUCAAAGAGGCAUCAGAUUAAUUCUAUGAGUUGGGCUUAUGUCAUGGUUACGUCUGCCCAGGUGUUUUUGAUUGCUGCAUGUGGUAUAAACUGCAGCGUUUUAAGUUGUACUAUUUUGUUGUUGGAAUUCUAUGAACUCUGAAUUUGAAUUGUGUUCUGCAUGUCUAUGUCAUCUUUUUGAGAUGGACAAAGAUCAAAUAAAAUACAACUUUUCUUGAU